UAUUACAGUCAGGCUCCUUAAUUGUCUACACAGUUCUAGGCGACAAUUCCAAUUGAGUUUCAACUCUCAACUGAAACAACUGAAAGCUUGGAAGUCAUGGCAUCAACGCUAAUGGCAGCAACUGCUAGUUCUAGAACUGUUCUCAAGCCAACCCCAUUUCUAGGCCAAAAUAGGGGAACCAAUGUCAACUCUCUUAGAGACGUUGUACCUAUGGGAACUGGGAAAUACACCAUGGGGAAUGAAUUGUGGUAUGGACCAGACAGAGUGAAGUACUUGGGACCCUUCUCAGCUCAGACUCCAUCAUACCUGAGAGGAGAAUUUCCUGGUGAUUAUGGAUGGGACACUGCUGGCUUAUCAGCUGACCCCGAAGCCUUUGCCAGGAACAGGGCGCUUGAGGUGAUCCACGGCCGUUGGGCUAUGCUUGGAGCACUGGGCUGCAUCACCCCAGAAGUACUUGAGAAAUGGGUUAAGGUGGACUUCAAAGAACCAGUAUGGUUCAAAGCUGGAGCUCAGAUCUUCUCAGAAGGUGGUCUUGACUACUUGGGCAACCCCAACCUUGUUCAUGCCCAAAGCAUCCUAGCAGUGCUAGGUUUCCAAGUCAUCCUCAUGGGUCUAGUUGAGGGAUUCCGCAUCAACGGCCUUCCUGGAGUUGGAGAGGGUAACGACCUCUAUCCCGGUGGCCAAUACUUUGACCCUCUUGGCCUUGCUGAUGACCCUGUCACAUUUGCUGAGCUAAAGGUCAAGGAGAUCAAGAAUGGCCGGCUAGCCAUGUUCUCCAUGUUUGGUUUCUUUGUCCAGGCUAUUGUCACCGGCAAGGGGCCUCUGGAGAACCUCUUGGACCAUCUUGACAACCCUGUUGCUAACAAUGCAUGGGUCUAUGCCACCAAGUUUGUGCCCGGAUCUUAAAUUGAGCUUCAGAGCCAUGAUCUUGUUCCAUGAGAAUGAAAUACAAUUGAAGUCCUUGUGUAGUUACUGUCUUUUUUAGACUUCAAAUUUUCCAUUUGUGUGAAAUGCUAGUAAUUUUCGGGUA